CGCACGGCGAGCUGCCUGGCAACAUGAGAGAGAGAGCAGGAAGAUCCGCAGCUGCCAAGUGAACAACCUGCACACUGUGGACACUAAAACCACCAGAAACAACCCUCAGCCCGACCAUGGAGGAUGCAGAGAAAGGUUCCCAGCAGAUUCAGGACUCAGUCCCAGAGGUGGGAGAAGAUGCAGUAACGUCUGUUGCUCCCUCUUCCCCUCCCCCCGCCAUGACAGAAGAGGAGAGACAGGAGCUACAAGAGGAGUUGGUCAAGGUGGAGGAUGAGAUCCUGACUCUGUCUCAGGUGCUGGCAGCCAAGGAGAAGCAGUUGGCGGACAUCAAGAGGAAGCUGGGCAUCACAUCUCUCAAUGAGCUGAAACAGAACAUCACCAAAACCUGGCAGGAUGUCACCACCUCCAACGCCUAUAGGAGGACAUCUGAAACACUGUCUCAGGCAAGUUUGAAGGCCUCGGCAGCAUUCUCUAAUGUGGGCUCAGCCAUCACCCGGAAGCUCGAGGAUGUCAGCAUGCGCUCAUUACAACACUCAGCUAGUAUGCCUGUCUUGAGGAACGCGCCAACUUUCAAGUCAUUUGAGGAGAAAGUGGAGACUUUUAAGACCAAGAUUAGUCCCUCAGCGUCCACCAGUAACCAGGACAGCGGCAGCUCCACCACCGAGUCUUUGCUCAGUCCGCCUGAAGCCUCGCCCACCCAGGAGACGCCAAUGAACUAAGACCUGCCUGACCACUCCUGACCUCUCCACCCGCCCCUCCUCACUUGACCCUCCAACCCCCGGACCAUCAGCACUCACCCCUAAACUCUUGUGUGCCAGUCUCCCUUUAUUGGAAACAAGUGACUUACCACAGCCAUCCUUGUGAUCUAAUUGUCUGGUCUUUUUUGUCUGACAUGUGCGUUCACUUGUUAACUGGUGUGGAAACUGAAAGCAUGGGAUGGGUGCAGGCAUGUGGUCUUGCGUCAGUAGUGUAUAUUGGAGUGUUUACCGGCUCGCUGUGGAAGAAAUCCUCCCUGCUGUAUGACUUUCCUUUUCCUCCUACACUCCUUAUUUAUCCGCCUUUGUCUAACCAGCAAAGCUCAGAUGCCAAACAUGCUCAUAGUUUACUUUUGCUUUAUCAAAUUAACACUGUGUCAUAUUUUGUUUGUUUGAGUGUAGAAAAUUGCACAAAUAUAUAGAGAUUACGAACUUAAUCAGAGAAGGAUUUAUACUUAGAUACUUACAUAAUAAUAAUAAUAAUAAUAAUAAUAAUAUUAUAAGCACUUGUUUUUUCUGCCUCCAUUUUGGGGCCAUGCUUGGUUUACAGUGGGUUGCCAUUUUCGGGCCAAUCUAAUUUCCGUUUUCUUCCUUAUUAAUUUUAGGACACCACACAAUCGUAAAGUAGUCUAACACUGUGUUCAGAAUAUGAAUGUAUGCCUUUUUAUGUCACAUAGGUACGACACUCUGUGUACUUUAACUCACAAUGCUGAGUGGCUGAUACUGUGUGUCACAACCGCAGCCACCGGCUCCAUCGCUGGUAUUUCAAAAACACACUUCAGAAUAAAAACCAUCCUUUUUUCCAUUGUUAAUAGUCUGUCAGAAAAUGAUCUUCACGCUUGGAUGGUUACAGGGAAACAGCCAAGAUCAGCAGAACAGAGGCAGAGCAACACACACAGCCAAGCUUUAGCCAUGACCCGAGGUGAGAGUGAAAUAAAUGUGUCUCUUCCAGAGCCAGAGUCAAUAUUUAAACACUUGUCCAUUGUUUCUGUGUGGGAGGUAACACUUAGCCUCCCCCCUUUCUGUGAUACAGAUAAAAGCAAGGCGAGAGGCUCCACUGGGUGUUAUUUUGUACACUGAUACAGGAUGAUUGUGCAAAAGAGAAGGCUUAUUAAUUUACCUUUAAUGUACGAGUUUGAAAUCUCGCGAGAGGACAACAGUGGAAAUGUUAGAGUUGGAGAGAGGAGUGCUGGGAAGAGUUUGUUGUGUCGGAGUACAGGAAGUGUAGCUUCAUGUCAUCUAAAAGAUUUUCAAUGUCAUUGCUCAAUAUUUAACUGAUACCUACAACAUGAAAAAGCUGGGAAAAUACUUGGUUAAACAAUAGCAAACAGGCCAGAUCAAACAAAAGGCAGAGAAAACUGUUUUAUUUCUCUGUAAGGAUCCAUAAUGUCAUCUGACACCUAGAAUACCAAUCUGAGCCUGUCAGUGGCAAAAACAAGCACUUUUAGUGGACGCACAUUGAGGGAGCGCUGCAGGGAAUAGGAAUUGAGGAAUGAGUCCUAAAACCAGGAAAUGAGUUACCAUUUUCUCCCAGUUCCCUUCUCUCAAAGUCGUUGAAGUCAUGCAACUGCAGUGUAGUUUGUUAUAGCCUAACGUUAGCUUAUUACCUAACGGUCAGUUUGUAGGUCGACCACUUUAGUCCAGACUGAAAUAUCUGAAAGGGAAACCACGGUAUUUUUCAACCUGGACCCUAUUCUCCUGUGUUUUAAUGAAGACAACAGUAUUUGAAAUUGGUCCAUUAUAAAGUGAGAGGGCUGCAGCCACAAAACGAGCUGCUGUGUGACCACUCGAUGCAAAAGCACAACCUCAAUGUAUGUCCACUAAAAGUGCUUGAUGUUGCCACUGACAGGGUCAGAUUGAUAUUAUAAGUGUCUGAUAACAUUAUGGAAAAGACCCUUCAGAAAAAUAAAACAUCUCGCUGAAGGACUUCUGAAAUCUUGCGAGAUUUGACUUGGUAAAGGAAGACAACAGUGGAAACAGUGAGAGUUGGAGAGAGGAGUGCAAAGAAGAGUUUGUUGUGUUGGAGUACAGUAAGCAUAGCUCAGUGUUAUCUAAAGGAUAUCAAAUGUCAUGGCUGAAUAUUAAGCUUGUUGCUACGAUUUGGUCAGCGAGAUUUCAGAGCAAGCACUUUUAGUCGAUGUGUAAUAAUGGUGCACUGUUACCAUGAAUGGUAACAUCAAAGCCCUCUCACUCAAUCCUGGACCAAUUGUUGUCUCACUUGGACACAUAAACCAAGCUGAAGGAGUUUCUCUUCGACAGCUAUUGCAUAGAUUGUCAUAAAAUUUGGCACAAACAUUUGUGUCCCCCUCAGGAUGAAUUGAAAUAAUUUCAUGGAUACCCUAACUUUUCAUUCUCGCACCAUCAUCAGGGAUAAGUUUUUCUAAUUCUCUGUUUUAUGACUAAAUACUAAAACUAAGAACAUUUGUGUUUUGUGCUAAUUAGCAAAUGUUAGCAUAUUAAACACUGAAGUGAGAUGGUGAAUAUGGUAAACAUUUUACCUGCUUACCAUCAGUAUAUUAGUAUUCUCAUUGCAAGGCAGGUUUCAGGCUGAUUUGCCAACAAACUCAGAGCACCAUUCUACUAAAGCAGCAUGGCUGUAGAAAGUCUUGUUACUCCAGAUCUCUAGGAAAUAGCACAAAAUGAUCAAAAGCUGCUUCUUUUAGUAGAGUCUGGGAAAACUGCAGGAUUAUGUGCAGUAUCUCCUGGAAAUGUUAAAUGUAUGAAAAGGGUAAAAUCAGCAUUAUAUCUUCAAGAACAGAACCAUUUUUUUUGAGUUUUGUAGAAAGUAUUAAACUACUAGAGGGCUCCUUUCACCAUAGUGGUCUGAUACACACAGGGCCACUGAUGGAGGUUGACUAUAAUUUGAAGGGCAAGCAGAGCCAAUCUGAACACUGCUGAGGUUUCCUCUGGUACACACAUGAAAGACACAAGGAUCUAACACAAAUUUCACACACCCCUUAACACAACACUUGUGCUGUGUUUGGGCACAACCAGCCUGGUACAAGUCUUCCCCUGCUGGUGGACGUGUGGCUAAACAUGAAUGUGAAUCAUCUUCUCACUUAUUCAUUAGUGAUGCAAUUUGCCACACACGCUGUGGAUCAGCGUCCCGGGAGAACAGCACAUACAGGCCGAGGGGGCUUUCUGCUGUUAAGAUCUUGUUUUCACCAACCAUGACACAACUGUGGUCGCUGCUCUGAGCUGACAGAAAUGGAUUUUAAACAGUACAGUUUCUCGUGUCCUUGUGUAACAUCACUUUUCCUGAAGUGACCUGGUUCACUGAGAGCAUUUAUCACAGACAUGAGGAUUUUAUUUGUGUUUAGUCAUACAACACACACACACACACACACACACACACACAGGAUGUGUUUGUUCUUUAAUUGGAACCAUGGAGUGAAGACAUGAUCUAAUUAAAAAAUACCUCUGAA